AUGAUACAUUGCGUGCAUUUAAUUUAUUUAUACCACCGGCUUAUUUUGCGUUCUUUCACGCAUCUCUCUCUCUCUCUCUCUCUAUCUAUCUAUCUAUCUAUCUAUCUAUCUAUCUAUCUAUCUAUCUAUUUUAUCUAUCUAUCUAUCUAUCUAUCUAUCUAUCUAUCUAUCUAUCUAUCUAUCUACUCAAAAUUCAAAACGAAAUACAACAACGGAAAAAUGUCACUUGACAAAACAUUCACUGUGAUCGUCUUGGGAGCUUCUUCCCGAAGACCCCCCCUCCCUCUCCACACACCUUCACCCCGAAUCAAUGUUACUGCCUCCAUCGUGGGGCUGCAAAUGCUAGACAAGCAUGACCAUUCGUUUUUCAACUCUCUCUUAUUUCCUUCAAAUUCUCCAUUCCCUUCUCUCUCCCCACUCAUCAUCUAUAUUUUCUUCCUAUUCCAAGAACCGCCUUUUACUGCAAUCAUCCCAAAUCUCCCGCCAAUUCUCUAUUCGUUUCCGUCUUCGCCCUGUGAUUCAUGGCAGACAUCUUCGGACAUUAGCGUGGGAAAUUACGGGCGCUUUUCAGAAAGUAAUGCACGGCAGAGUGAGCGGCGAUCGGGCGCUGGGAAAGAAAGUAGUGUUCGUAGCGAGCGGUCGGCUAUUCCGGCCCCACCCUACGUCUCGAGCAACCCUUCCUAUUACAACCCUUCCCAUCACCAGCCGAACCACAAGGGACCCGGGCUUAUCACCGUUCCACUCUUUGCUACCGAUCGGUGA